GCCAAAACUUUCAGCCCCACUCUUAACCGAACCGACUGCUCAAUUCCAGACCACCAUCUCAUGUAGGGGGCCCAUUUUCUAGAAUGGAGUGCCGUUUAGUAUUUUUAAGUGCUUUCCUCAUCCCAUUUUGCAUGUCCGACGUGCAACUGAGUAGUAAUAUUAUCCUGGAGCCAUAUGAUAUUCUAUUUGACACAGCGGUGGAAGCAUAUUAUAAGGGGGACUGGAUGUCGGUUAUCCUUAAUAUGGAGAGGGCGCUUCGGAACAAGGCUGCUAUACGAAGGGUGAGGGCACAUUGUCGGAUAACCUGUGCCAACCAAAGCGCAUUUGGCGAACCCCUGCCCGGCUUUGGGGUUCCGAUACCUGGUGCUGGCUCUGUGGAAGACCUUGGAUUCUUCCAGAAAAUUUUGAAAAGGGCUGACUGUGUUCAUUCCUGCGAAAGUGAAAAGAUUGGGCCAUCUACUGUCCACAAAGUCAGCGAAGAUGUGGAACUUGAAUUUAGAAAGAGGACCCCUUACAAUUACCUCCAAGUCGCAUAUUUCAAGAUCAAUAAACUGGAUAAGGCAGUGGCAGCAGCAAACACGUUUUUCUUGGCCAACCCGGACCACAUGGAGAUGAGACAGAACCUGGACUACUAUAGGAUGAUGGCAGGGGUACAGGAGGAGGACUUCAAAGACCUUGAGGCCAGGCCUCACAUGGCAGAGUUCCUUGAAGGGAAGCGGGUCUACAGCGCCGACAGGUUUGCUCCGGCCAUCGACCACUUUGAGGCGGCCGUAGAGGAGUACUUCAUCGCCGACAAGGAGUGUCGAGUGCUGUGCGAGGGUGCCUACGACUACGAUGGUUAUAACUACAUGGAGUACAGCUCCGACCUGUUCCAGUCCAUGACAGAGCACUACAUGCAGGUGCUGAGCUGUCAGCAGCGCUGCUCUGUAGAGCUGGCCACCACGGCCGGCAGAGAUAAACCCUUUGAGGAUUUCCUCCCCUCCCACUUCAACUACCUCCAGUUCUCCUACUACAACAGUGAGAAGUAUGCAGAGGCUAUAGAGUGUGCUAAGACUUUCCUGCUGUUCCACCCUGAGGAUGAGGUGAUGAACCAGAACCUGGCAUACUACUCUGUCAUGCUGGGGGAGGAUAAGGCAGCCACCCUCUCUGCCAAACAGGUGGUGAAACAGCACAUCCAACAGUCCCUACUGGAGAAAGAGCUGCUGUACUUUGGCUAUGAAGUGUUUGGAAUAACUUUUGUUGAUCCGGAUGCAUGGACCCCUGCUGAGGUCAUGCCCUUAAAACUGAGAGAGAAGCAGAAGGCAGACAAGGAGACAGCAGCUAGGAUCACAGAGGAGAUUGGUAAUCUGAUGAAGGAGAUUGAGACUCUCGUGGAUGAGAAGAACAAGGACUCAACAGACCUGGCCAAGAUUGUACAGGAAGGUGGCCCGCUGCUGUACGAUGACAUCAAAGUGACCAUGGUCUCCAAGCAGCUGAACGGGUCUCAGCGCGUGCUGCUGGAUGGAGUCAUCACAGAGGACGAGUGCAGAGAGCUCCAUCGGCUUUCUAACGCGGCAGCGCUGAAAGGUGACGGGUACAGGGGCCGCCCAUCCCCCCACACUCCCAGUGAGAUGUUCCAGGGGGUCACUGUCCUCAAGGCUCUGAAGCUAGGGCAGGAGGGCAAGGUGCCCCUGAAGAGUGCCCGCCUGUUUUUUGACCUAAGUGAAAAGGUGCGUCAGAUCCUGGAAUCCUAUUUCCGCCUGGACAGCGCUCUCUACUUCUCCUACUCCCACCUGGUGUGCCGCUCCGCUAUUGACGAGAAGCAGGAAGACCGGGAAGAACUGAGUCAUCCAGUCCAUGUAGACAACUGCCUACUGAUCUCAGAGCUCAACGAAUGCAUCAAAGAGCCCCCUGCGUACACACACAGAGACUACAGUGCCAUUCUCUACCUGAAUGAUGACUUUGAGGGAGGAGACUUCAUCUUCACUCAGCUGGAUGCCAAAACUGUCACUGCGGAGGUGCGUCCCCAGUGUGGCCGUGUGAUUGGCUUCGAGGCAGGAAAGGAGAAUCCCCAUGGUGUUAGAGCAGUCACCAAGGGCCAGCGGUGUGCUGUGGCCCUCUGGUUCACUCUGGACCCCAUCCACCAGGAAAAGGAGAGAAUCCAAGCUCAGGAACUGCUGAAAAUGUUUUCCAGUCCUGUCGAUGCAGAGUUUAUGGGAACAGGGACUCCAGACAAGGCGAAGGAGACCAAAUUAGCAGCCCAAUCUGAGAGCUCAGAGCCACAGGCCACACCUCCUGACCAGGCCACACCCAUAGUCCACGACCAGCCAGAGCAAGAACAGGGGGGGAAACCAGAAGAGCAGAAGCCUCAGGAAACUAAAGACUCACAUACUGAAAAACCAGCUGAUAAACCAGUGGACAAGCUAGAGGAUAAAACAGUUAAAGUGGAAGAAAAAGCCAAAGUGAGGGUCACAAGCAAAACGAAAGCCAAACCAUCCUCUGCAUCAAAGCCUAAAGCUACAGCUAAAACAACAGCCAAAGUAGGAAAAGAAGCAAAGCCCAAAUUGUCUGACAAGACAAAGGCAGCUAAACCUGCAGCAAAAACAAACAGCACACAGGCUAUCAAAACGAAACCCAAGCAGGUGGACAAGAAGGAGCAGAAGCCGAAAGCAAAGAAGACAGAGAAAGCCUCUGUCAAAAAGGACCCCAAGGUCCCUAAAACUGAUAUCAAACUAGAGUCCGACUCACAGAAAAACAAAGUAGAGCUGUGAUCCAAGCAACACAUGUGACUGUUACAAUGAGUGGUACAUUUGUUUUACCUUUGGAAUAAGUUCUGAAGGUUUACUCUGUGGAUUUAUUUCUAGUUGUUUUCUAAUAAAACCAUAGGUUGUUGAUAAUAAAAGCCAUACAUGGACUGCAGUAUCAUGGUUUGCAGGGUCACAAAAGUGCCUUCAGUGAUGAACCAUCUUUCAAUGGCAAUCACCUCUAUCACAGACUCCUAGACUAUCACCGUUUUUUAUAUUUUGUCAUGUCUUCAGCAGUUGUUGUUCAUGAAAUGCUUGAAAUGUACUAUUAGUACAAUUUUCUUCCUGUUUCAGGAAUUAAUACAAUUGUUAUGAUGCCCACUCUGGAAAAUAAUACAAAAAACAUACAACUUGAUCAAAAUAAAAGCCCUGUUUUUAA